GGCCCAUUUAUCGUCUUCCAAGGUUGCUAUCUUCGCUCGAUACGGAUUACUCGAGCUGUAGAAUCGCAAACACUCGAUAAUCCUUCUCUGACGCUGAACCAAUUGCCCACCUAUCUACAAGAUAGACCCGGAGGAGCCAUGCCCCAUUCAGUCUCUCCCGAACCCGAGCCUCCUAUUCAAUCAGAAAUCCAGAUGGAGGAAACUAGCGUCGAAAAUGGCAACAGCCAACACACCGAGGGGGAGGAUGAUAUCCCAAUGGCCGAUGUUGGCACUGAAUCUGGGCCUCCUCCCACGGAACCCAGUGAAAGCAAGAAAGAGGUUAAGCUGGAGGAUCUGUUUGCCGACAUAGAUGAAGACGAAGAGUUUCCCAGCUCUCGUGAGCCUGCUCAGCAAACCCCAACCAGCUCUCAAAACACGCCUUCUUCUCCUGGCGAGUUCGAUACAUCUCUCAAGGCGUCCGAUCCCGAGGUUAUGCGAAGCUUCUACCAGCGUCUAUUCCCAUGGCGCUACCUGUUCCAAUGGCUCAACCACAGUCCGGCCCCAACAGCUGAUUUUGGAAAUCGUGAAUUUGCCUUUACGCUCCAGAACGACGCUUACCUGCGAUACCAAUCUUUUCGAACUUCCGAUCUGCUUCGCAAAGACGUUUUGCGCCUGAUGCCCUCGAGAUUUGAGAUUGGACCCGUCUAUAACGUCAAUCCUCGCGACCGGAAGACAUUAAGGAACUCGUCAGCGUUCAAGCCCCUGGCUAAGGAGUUGUGCUUUGAUAUCGACUUGACAGAUUACGACGACAUUCGAACUUGCUGCGACAAGGCCAACAUCUGUAACAAGUGUUGGCAAUUCAUGACCAUGGCAAUCAAGGUCAUCGAUGUUGCCCUGCGGGACGAUUUUGGAUUCAAGCACAUCAUGUGGGUCUACUCUGGACGGAGAGGAGCGCACGCUUGGGUAUGCGACAAGAAAGCCCGAGCCAUGGAUGACCAGAAACGAAGAGCUAUUGCCGGCUAUCUCGAGGUCAUCAGAGGUGGUGCUCAGAGCGGAAAGAAGGUGAACUUGCGAAGGCCGCUUCAUCCGCACUUGACGCGGAGUCUCGACAUACUCAAAACACACUUCCAAGAGGAUGUUCUCAGCGUCCAGAAUCCAUGGGAAUCCCCAGAGCGAGCAGAGAAGCUGCUGCAGCUCCUACCAGACAGGCAGUUGAACGAUUCCCUACGGAAGAAGUGGGAUUCGGCUCCAGGACGUGCAUCAGCCUCAAAAUGGGCCGACAUUGACGCUGUCGCAAAGACCGGCGCCAGUAAGAACCUGGACGCCAAGGCACUCCUUGAAGCAAAACAGGACAUCGUGUUGGAAUAUACAUACCCUCGCCUGGAUAUCGAGGUCAGCAAGAAGCUGAACCACUUGCUGAAAAGUCCCUUCGUCGUUCAUCCGGGCACGGGCAGGGUCUGCGUCCCCAUCGAUACCAAAUCACUGGAGGAUUUCGAUCCCUUGGCGGUACCUACGGUCCAGAGCCUCCUGCAAGAAAUUGAUUCGUGGAAAGAAGCUGAGGAGGAGACUGCGGGAAAGCCGAUUGUGGACUGGGAGAAGACAAGUCUCAAAUCAUACGUGGAAUAUUUCAGGUCAUUUGUUCUGGCAUUAAUGAAGGAUGAGCGAGAUGUCAAUGUUAAGAGAGAACGGGAUGAGAGCCCUGCUGAUGCGAUGGAGUUCUGAGGGGAAACCGGAACGACUUUUUUUUUUUUUUUUGGGAG